UCGGCCGCGCCUGGCAGCAGCCGCAGGCGCACGUCGGGCAGCGGCGGGUCCGAGGCAGGAAGCGGGGGGCGGUGAGCGCGGACCGGACCGGACCGGCCCGACCCGCCCGCCCGCUGCGGCCUCUCGGGCCCGGGCCAGGAAAACAAAGUGCACCAAACAGAGAACACACACAAGAUGCUGCUAAAAUUGGUCUAAGCCACAGAGUAUGGUUUGUGCCACAGUUAAACAGGUGCUGAAUGUUAUCUGCAAACUACUUUGUCGAUGAAGGCAGAAACUGAUUGGGAAUUUAAAGCGCGAACUAGGUCAUAAUAGUAUUCAACAUGCGCAAAGGGGUGCCAAAGGACCCAGAGAUAGCUGACCUGUUCCACAAAGAUGAUCCAGAAGAAAUAUUUGUGGGUUUACAUGAAAUCGGCCAUGGAAGUUUUGGAGCAGUCUACUUUGCCACAAAUUCCCACACUAAUGAGGUGGUGGCAGUCAAGAAAAUGUCCUACAGUGGGAAGCAAACAAAUGAGAAAUGGCAGGAUAUCAUCAAGGAAGUCAAGUUUCUACGACAGCUGAAGCACCCUAACACCAUCGAGUACAAGGGCUGUUACUUGAAAGAGCACACUGCCUGGUUGGUUAUGGAAUAUUGUUUAGGAUCAGCUUCUGAUUUGCUAGAAGUUCACAAGAAACCACUUCAGGAAGUGGAGAUUGCUGCCAUUACCCACGGUGCCUUGCAGGGGCUGGCCUACCUGCAUUCUCACUGUAAGAUUCAUAGGGAUAUUAAAGCUGGAAAUAUUCUCCUAACAGAACCAGGUCAGGUGAAACUAGCUGAUUUUGGGUCUGCGUCUAUAGCCUCUCCUGCCAAUUCCUUUGUGGGGACACCUUAUUGGAUGGCCCCAGAGGUGAUCUUGGCUAUGGACGAAGGACAAUACGAUGGGAAGGUAGAUGUUUGGUCUCUUGGGAUCACAUGUAUUGAGUUGGCGGAACGGAAACCUCCCCUUUUCAACAUGAAUGCAAUGAGUGCCUUAUAUCAUAUAGCCCAGAAUGACUCCCCUAUGUUACAGUCAAAUGAAUGGUCAGACUCCUUUAGGGGAUUUGUUGAUUACUGCUUGCAGAAAAUACCUCAGGAGAGGCCAUCAUCAGCAGAUCUGUUACGGCAUGACUUUGUACGUCGAGACCGGCCAUCCCGAGUUCUAAUUGACCUAAUACAAAGGACAAAGGAUGCAGUACGUGAACUGGACAACCUCCAGUACCGGAAAAUGAAGAAAAUCCUUUUCCAGGAAGCACGGAACGGCCCGCUGACAGAGUCCCAAGAGGAGGAGGAGGACAGUGAGCAUGGAUCAAACCUGAGUAGGAAGAUGGACAGUCUGGGCAGCAACCAUUCCAUCCCAAGUAUGUCUGUCAGCACAGGCAGUCAGAGCAGCAGUGUGAGCAGCAUGCAGGAAGUCCUGGAUGAGAGCAGCCCUGAACUGGUCAUGAUGCAUAACGACGAGAGCACAAUUAAUUCCACUUCCUCUGUUGUGCACAAGAAGGAUCAUGUAUUUAUAAGGGAUGAGGUGGGCCACAGGGAUCGCAGGCCUGAGCUGCGGCCUACCCAGUCAGUCCAGAAUCAGGCCCUCCACUACCGGAACCGAGAGCGCUUUGCCACAAUCAAAUCAGCAUCUUUGGUUACAAGACAGAUCCAUGAGCAUGAGCAGGAGAACGAGUUGCGGGAACAGAUGUCAGGAUAUAAGCGGAUGCGGCGCCAGCACCAGAAGCAGCUGAUCGCCCUGGAAAACAAGUUGAAGGCCGAGAUGGACGAGCACCGCCUCAAGCUGCAGAAGGAGGUGGAGACACAUGCCAACAACUCGUCCAUCGAGCUGGAGAAGCUGGCCAAGAAGCAAGUGGCUGUGAUGGAGAAGGAGGCAAAGGCAGCUGCAGCAGAUGAGAAGAAAUUCCAGCAACAGAUUUUGGCUCAGCAGAAGAAAGACCUGGCAAACUUUUUAGAAAGUCAGAAGAAGCAGUACAAGCUUUGCAAGGAAAAGAUUAAAGAGGAGAUGAAUGAGGACCACAGCACACCGAAGAAAGAGAAGCAGGAGAGGAUAUCCAAACACAAAGAGAACCUGCAGCACACACAGGCUGAAGAGGAGGCACAUCUUCUCAGCCAGCAGAGACUAUACUACGACAAAAACUGCCGAUUCUUCAAGCGGAAAACAAUGAUUAAGAGGCAUGAGAUGGAGCAGCAGAACAUUCGGGAGGAGCUGAACAAGAAGAGGACCCAGAAGGAGAUGGAGCACGCCAUGCUGAUCCGGCACGAUGAGUCGACGCGGGAGCUGGAGUACAGGCAGCUGCACACGCUGCAGAAGCUACGGAUGGACCUGAUCCGUCUGCAGCAUCAGACUGAGCUUGAAAACCAGCUGGAAUACAACAAGCGGCGAGAGCGGGAGCUGCACAGGAAGCACUUCAUGGAACUCCGGCAGCAGCCAAAAAACCUGAAGGUUAUGGAGAUGCAGAUCAAAAAGCAGUUCCAAGACACAUGCAAAGUGCAGACAAAGCAGUACAAAGCACUUAAGAAUCACCAGCUGGAAGUUACUCCAAAGAGUGAGCACAAAAUGAUUCUGAAGAGUCUGAAAGAUGAGCAGACAAGGAAGCUUGCCAUUCUGGCAGAGCAGUAUGAGCAGAGCAUCAAUGAGAUGAUGGCCUCCCAAGCGCUACGGCUAGAUGAGGCUCAAGAAGCAGAAUGCCAAGCCCUGAGACUGCAGCUCCAGCAGGAGAUGGAGUUGCUUAAUGCAUACCAGAGCAAAAUCAAGAUGCAGACAGAAGCACAGCAUGAACGAGAGCUCCAGAAGCUGGAGCAGAGGGUAUCUCUGCGGAGGGCACAUCUUGAACAAAAGAUUGAAGAGGAGCUAGCCGCCCUCCAGAAGGAACGCAGCGAGAGGAUAAAGUUUCUGUUGGAAAAGCAAGAGCGAGAGAUUGAAACGUUUGACAUGGAGAGCCUGCGAAUGGGCUUUGGGAAUUUGGUCACAUUAGAGUAUCCCAAGGAGGACUAUAGAUGAGAUUAAAUUUCUUGCCAUUUUCAAAAAAACAAAAAAAGAAAAAAGCUAACAAAAUAAUUACAGAAACCUGCAAAACCAACAUUCCCCAUGUUAACGGGCGUGCUCUCUCUCUUUCUGUCUCUCUUACUGACAUCGUGUCGGACUAGUGCCUGUAUAUUCUUACUCCAUCAGGGGCCCCCUUCCCCCCCACCCGUGUCAAGUUCCAGUGCUGGACAGCUCCUUGGCGGUCUUUUUCAUAGUAUGUCACAGUAUUGAUGUCUCUGUGCAAUGAUUAAAAAUGUUUCAGUGAAAACUUUGGAGACAAUUUUAAUGAAACAAAAAAAAGUGGAUGUUUGUUGCUUAUGAGCAAUCACUCAUUUUACCACCAAUCAAUGAAAGUAUAAGCAAAAAAUAAUUUAAAAAAUUAUAUAUAAAACCCAGGGGGAGAGAGACUAAAUCCGCAGCCUUACCUUAACUAGCUGCUGCAUAAUUUUAUUUUAUUUUUAUUUUUUUGGUAUUUAUUCAUCAGGAAUAAUUAAAUAAUAAAAUAAAAAAUUUUAUUAAAGAUUGAGAAAUUUGAUACAUUUUACAGAAAAAACGUAAUCGUGAUGUACAUAUCAGUGGUGACAUAUAUUAUUACUUUUGUGAGGGUGGGGGAGGGAGCAGGGCAAAGAUCUUGUGAUUUUUAAAAAAAUAGAAAAAAAGAACCAUGCCAGGUGAGGUGGAGAUGAGACCUCAGCUUCGGCAUAGUCUUGAUUGUAUCAUAAUCAUUUUCUGCUGUCGCAGAGAAUGUGAAUACAUUUAAACGAGCCCACAGGAUCCCAGUAGCACAAAUUGGGCUUUGUCAAAUCAUGUAUUUUGUGUAUAGAAGGAAUUUAAGGAGAGCUUUUACUUAUUUUCAUAUUGUAUUUUAACUGUUUCUCUGAUCAAAAUUUUUUUACUUCUUCCCUCUUUCCCCCACCUGUCCCAGCCACCCUGCUCCUGCUUUCCAAUUCAGUAUUUGGAGUACCACACUCUCAGAUCAUCCCAAUCUUUCUUUUCUUUCUUUUUUUUUCUUUUUUUUUUCCUUUUUUUUUUUUUGUGUUCCUCCCCCCGAGCCCACCCAACCCCAUAAUCUUGGUCAUAAAUAUUGCAUUAUUCACACUUUCAAACUGUGUAUUUUCUUACAAUAAAAAAUGAUAAAAAAAAGGCUUUACUUCUUUUGCAUGCACUUUAAAAAAAACAACAAAAACAUUUUUCAGGUUCAAAGGAAGAGCAUGGAUAACUGUCAGAGCUUUUAAUUAUAUUUGUAAAUAAAAGUGUUCAUCACAA